AUGACAGGAGGGAGUGGGGAGAGAGGUGGAGGAGAAGCAGCGGAUAUGGGGCAGGGAGCAAUGGUGCUGGUGGCAGUGAAGCAACUGAGGGAGGAGUCGAAGCAGGGCGAAGAGGAGUUUUUAAAAGAGGUGCUGGUGCUGGGGCGGCUGGCCCACGCGCACCUGGUGCAGCUCUUCGGGUACUGUGUGGACGGAGGGGCGUUCUUGGUGUAUGAGCUCAUGGAGGGGGGGAGUUUGGACUACGCGCUCAUUGACAGUAAGCACCUCUCAACCCCUUUGAAUCCCGUCAAACCCCUUGAAAGUGGAGUUUCUGAGGGAGGUGCUGGUGCUGGGGCGGCUGGCCAACGCGCACCUGGUGCAGCUCUGGGGCUGGCCCAAGCGACUCAAGGUGGCAGUGGAGGUGGAGGUGGCAGAGGCACUCGUAUUCAUGCAUCGCUGCAACUUCAUCCAUCGGGACAUCAUGCCGCCAAUGUGCUUCUCAAGCCGGACUACUCAGCAAAGCUCACGGAUUUCGGCAUGGUGCGGGUGGGUCCGGGCGGUCAACUGCGGUCAAUCGUGUCAACUCGGAUCAUGGGCACCGAGGGAUACAUCGAUCCUACCUAUUUGGAGACUGGUAGGUUUUUUUGUCUGCAUGUGAUCAACGGCGGUCAACUGUGGUCAAUCGGGUCAACCAGGAUCAUGGGCACCGAGGGGUACAUCGACCCCAGCCACCUUGAGACUGGUAGGUUCUUGUGCAGUCAACAAGGGUCAACUGCAGUUAACAAGGGUCAACUGCAGUCAACUGGGGUCAACUGGAGCCAAGAGUGA